AGGCGGCGGCUUCACUCCGGGACUCGGCGUCGGAGCCGCGGCUGGAGCGCGGGCGGCGCCGCGAGGCUCGUUUCUCCCCAUUCUGGAUGCUCCCUGUCCUAGUCCCUCCCACAGCAGAAUAAAGGAGGCUUCAUCCUUUGUUCCAGGAUCUAAAAUGUCCACGGAGGCACAGAGAGUGGACGAUAGCCCAAGCACUAGUGGAGGGAGUUCCGAUGGGGAUCAGCGGGAGAGCGUCCAGCAAGAACCCGAGCGAGAGCAAGUUCAGCCCAAGAAGAAGGAGGGGAAGAUAUCCAGCAAGACGGCUGCCAAACUGUCCACCAGUGCCAAAAGAAUUCAGAAGGAGCUUGCAGAGAUCACGCUGGACCCCCCUCCCAACUGUAGCGCUGGACCCAAAGGAGACAACAUCUAUGAAUGGAGGUCAACUAUAUUGGGGCCCCCAGGAUCUGUGUAUGAAGGAGGGGUGUUCUUUCUUGACAUCACCUUUUCACCAGACUAUCCGUUUAAACCCCCCAAGGUCACCUUCCGAACGAGAAUCUACCACUGUAAUAUCAACAGCCAAGGGGUGAUCUGUCUGGACAUCCUCAAGGACAACUGGAGUCCAGCCCUGACCAUCUCGAAAGUCCUCCUGUCCAUCUGCUCCCUCCUCACAGACUGCAACCCUGCCGACCCUCUGGUGGGCAGCAUUGCCACACAGUACAUGACCAACAGAGCCGAGCACGACCGGAUGGCCAGACAGUGGACCAAGCGGUACGCCACCUAGGGGCCUCCAUGUGCCAGCUGUGUGCAAGCACAUUCACCAAGUGCAUCAAUAGCCCGCCUGCCCUCCAGACCUCCGUUCUGUUUCCUGUUUUUAUUAAAUUUUGAACUGUUUUGUGAUGGUAUGUCAUUUGUCCCUCCUCCUUCCCACCCUCACCCUCCUCCCCUUCUCUCUGGCCCUCUUUUCUCCCUUUUAUUCUGUUAACUUGAAAGAUUUGGGAUUCCCCCACUGCAGUGUGGAUGGGAGCUUCUGUUUUAAGUGCAAACCAUGUCAGAUCUGUGCUAGUAAGAGCUUUCCUACAAAGCUUUGUAUUGCUGUGUGGUUUGGGGUUUUUUGUUGUUGUUGUUUUGUUUUAUCUUUUUUUUUUCUUUUAUGUGCUCUUCAGAAAAACACACAUUCAGAAUUAUAUCUCGUUUCUACUUAAAGGUAGUGCUUAGGGUUAAUUUUUUGUACUGAAGUCUUUAUUGGUGGGUGCAUGCUACUGGGAACAAGGUUUUGUACAAAAGGUCCAAUCAGAAUCACUGUGCAUUACUGAGACCCUGUUUAUCACAAGCCUUCUGUCCCCCACGCAGAAGACUGUUAGACUGAACAAAAUAAUAUGUAUUUUGAUUUACUUAAGUGCUUGUAAAUUUCUUAGGGACCUGCCACUGUUGACUGUGGAUCGGUUGAU